AUUUAUUAAAUCUAGACUUUGAGAAAAUACUUUUCGUUCAUGUGACGUAAGACAAACAUGAGUUUCCAAUUGUUUUGUUCCAUUAUCACUCUUGCUACUUGGAACUAUGGAGUUUUGGGGCUCUUUAACAAGGACGUUGUUUGCAUUUUGGAUAGGGACGAAGAACCUGUGUGCAAAGCCCUUCGAAGAAAUAAUGUUGAAAAAAUCCCAACGGAUGAUUUCACUCCAGUAUAUGACCCUUACAUACCAAGAUCCAACGUAAAAUUAUACAAUUGCACCGAAACAGAGUGCAAAUCAUUAAAAUUGGAAUCUAUAUCUCAGAUUACGUCUCCCACCAUGUUCCUUCAGUCUUGCUUCUUGAAAUCACCUGAGAAGUACGAAUGCGAGAAAAUAAGAUACAACUAUUUAAAAAAUAUCGACAAAUUACUUUUCUUGUCGAAUACUAUACCAGACAAACAAUUUUACAUGGUGGAUUGCUUGGUUUAUAAGAAGGGAGAACGAAUCUGUCACAGCAAAACCAGUCCUGAUACUCAUGUUAAAUUAAUCGACGCUGGGAAUACUGCGAACCCCAAUAAGUCUGGCAUACUGUCACAAGACGAAUUUAUAUGCCAACAGAGCUCAGAAGGAGAAGUCCUCUGUGAUCUCAACCCUUACAUACCGUUUCCCAUGGGCCUUAGAUUCAAAGAAGUCCCAAGCAUUGUUCCCGAAAUUCUUUUAAAGACUACGACAUUUUUCGUCACCCUCAAACUGAAGUGUUGGAAGCCUUGGUGUGGAUACCAAGGCCUAGUGUUACGUACAAGAAGACAAUUUCCUUACAGACCUCCCGGAGGCGAUAUUUACCGUUGUUUUUAUGCUAAAAGACAACAGAUUUGCAAGAAAAUUUCAAACAUUUAUGAAGAGCGAGGGUCCAUGGUGGACGAGUAAUUAAGCAACGUAAUAAACAUGCUUUGAAAUAGU